GCGUUCAUGUCCUUUCAGACCAAUCGUCACUCCGGUCGCAGUUCUCUUACCACGUCCCGGCAGUUUCGUGCAGCCCGACGACGUUCAUCCCCUUGUUGCGGAGUAACGCGGACCCCAAGCGGAUUUGCUGUGAUUAAUUUGCGAAUAAAAUGGCAGAUCAGCUGACUGAGGAACAGAUUGCUGAGUUCAAGGAGGCGUUUUCCCUCUUUGACAAAGAUGGUGACGGCACCAUCACCACCAAAGAGCUGGGUACUGUGAUGCGCUCUCUGGGCCAAAACCCCACCGAGGCAGAGCUGCAGGACAUGAUCAAUGAAGUGGAUGCUGACGGCAAUGGAACAAUAGACUUCCCGGAGUUCCUGACCAUGAUGGCCAAGAAAAUGAAGGACACAGACAGUGAAGAAGAGAUCCGAGAAGCCUUCCGAGUUUUUGACAAGGACGGUAAUGGCUACAUCAGUGCAGCCGAGUUGCGACAUGUCAUGACUAACUUGGGCGAGAAGCUGACGGACGAGGAGGUGGAUGAGAUGAUCCGAGAGGCUGACAUCGAUGGCGACGGCCAGGUGAACUAUGAAGAGUUCGUGCAAAUGAUGACUGCAAAGUGAAAGGUCUUGUCCUUUCUGCAUCUGUCUCAUUGCUUGUCCUUCAAAGAUCACUCUGUCUUUUAGAAAAAAAAUCAGAAAUUUACUUCAGCAAAUAAUAAUAAAAAAUAAAACAAUUUCAGAUUCCGUAGACUCCGACCAACCUAGACCUACAGUUCUCAUUUCUCCAGAGUAAUUGCAGAAUUGCUUCAGCAGAUGUGAAUGGACCAAGCAUAACUGCAUGAGUGAUUUUGGAGCGCACACCUCCAGAUCUGCCUUAGUUAUGACGGUGCAGCACACAAGCUAGCAGUGAGCUAAAGACAACUGUGUGUAAGAUGGCAGUGUUUUCCUUGCAGUGAACAUUUCUGUUAAAUUGAUGGGUGGAAAAUGGCUAAACAAACAAAUAAACCGAAUUAAAUGAGGUGAAUGUUGUAAGGGUCACAGUACUCUGUUGGGUUAGAGAACAAAAAUGGGAGGCUCUAUAGUUGCGUGGUCCCUUUCUGAUGAAGUCAUGCUUUAACUUUUUAAACUCAGCAGCUGCAGUCCAGCCUAAAGUCUCUAAGGUAUCACCACCGAGAUGUUUAUACACGCCUACCACUGUAUUAUAAAUCAUACCGCACACUUAAACACAUUUAAAAGGUGUAUGGAGUAGAUGUGGACAAGGAGCUGGGGGGGUCUCCUUGCAGACCAGUGGCUCUGCUGUUGGAUGGGGGUUUGGCUUGGCUAUGGUGUCCUGUUUGAUGAGCGAGGGCAUCGGACCGGCACUGACGCAGACCACGGAGAU